UUCCUCUUCUUCUUCCUUUGCCCUUCCUUUCUUCUCCUUUUCUCUUUCCUCGCCUCUUGCUUUUCCUCCCUAUUCCCUUUUCCCCUCUCUGUACCUCCUUUCUACUCCCCACUGACCCACUCCCUCCUUUCCUUUUCCUCCCCCUCCUCCCUUCCCUUCUCCCUUUCCCUUUCUCUCUUUCUCUCCUCCCCGCCUCCUUCCCUUUGUCUUCCUUUCCCCUCCUUCCUCUGCUCUCCUCCCUUCUUCCAGUGAGGAAGGACAGUCAAGGCAAAGGGGAGGAGGAAGGAAGAAAGAAAGGAAGAAAAAAAGAAGGAAAGAAAGACCCUAUGGCUGCAGCCUUGGAUGCCGAAUCCCUCGGGGGAGAUGAAUGCUUGGAAGAAGAUGAGGAAGAACUAGAGACGAGUCUCGAGGAUCCGGAGAACGAAAACGUGGGGAAAUUUGUCCCGGGGGGACGGGGGUGCUGCAUUUUGACCCGCCGCGGCAUCACUUUGAGGGUCCUCCUCAAAGAUGGGCUGAUCGAGCCAGGAGAAGGGGUGCUCUCCAUUUAUUACUUGGGGAAGAAGUUCCUGGGCGACUUGCUGACGGACGGCAAGAUCGUAUGGCAGGAGACUGGGCAGGUCUUCAACUCGCCCAGCGCCUGGGCCACCUAUUGCAAGAAGCUGGUCAAUCCAGCCAAGAAGUCCGGCUGCGGGUGGGCCUCGGUCAAGUACAAGGGGCAGAAGCUGGACCAAUACAAGGCUGUCUGGCUGAAGAAGUACCAACCCAAUGCUCCCCCAGCAGAGGAGCAGGGUUUGGUGAGUGAAGGGGAAGAAGAGGAGCUGGCGGAGGACGAGGAAGAUGAUGCCAAAGGGGCAAAGACAUCCCUCUCGGACUCCAUGUUGGCGAAGAAGAUGGAGGAAAAGGCCAGGAAGCAGCAAGGCAAGAACCUGGCGGAAUUGCAUGAUAAAAGGGUCAACUACCGGAACCGGGUUCCGGUCCGCUAUUGCAACUUAGGCAACCGGGAUUCUGCCAGGAGUCCGCACACUUUGGUCGAAGUCACCUCCUUUGCAGCCCUUAAUAAAUUCCAGCCUUUUAACGUCGCAAUUUCGAGCAACGUCCUCCUGCUCUUGGACUUUCACAGCCACUUAACCAAAAGCGAAGUGGUCGGCUACCUGGGCGGACGAUGGGACAUCAACAGCCAAUUGUUGACGGUGCUGAGAGCAUUUCCUUGCCGUUCUCGUCUCGGAGAUGGGGAGAUGGCGGCAGCCGUAGAGGAAGAGAUCUGCCAGAACCUGUUCAUGCGAGGGCUCUCCUUGGUGGGCUGGUACCACAGCCAUCCAUUCACCUAUGCCCUCCCUUCGCUGCAGGACAUCGACACCCAAAUGGAGUACCAGCUAAGGCUGCAAGGGACAAGCAAUAGCUUUCAGCCUUGUUUGGCUCUCAUCUGCGGUCCAUACUUUCCAGGCAACCAAGGUGCAGAGUCCAAGAUCUCGCCUUUUUGGGUCAUGCCACCUCCAGAGCAACGGCCAUACGAUUACAGCAUCCCCAUGGAAGUGGAGGUCACCUACGUUCAAGAUGGAUUCCUGACCAACGAUAUUCUCCAUGAAAUGAUGUUGCUGGUGGAGUUUUACAAGGGGGCCCCGGACCUGGUGAAAUUUCAAGAGACAUGGAACCAGGAGCAGACCUAUUUGGACAAGCUCAAGGGAUCCCUGGCCUCAAGGACGCCGAAGGACCAAGGUUUCGGCCACAUCCUGGAACAGGUCUACAACCUCCUCAAACAUGGCAGCUGAAAAUGGCUUCAAAAUGACAUUUUGCGUGCAUUUCGGAGCCUAGACAGAGACUACAAGUAUCCCAUAAACUGCUCUCCAGCAAGGAUCUCCAGAUGUUCUUAUCCUUGGGGGCCAUGGUAGUACAGCUGGUUAAACUGCUAACUGCAGAAAAACUGGUUGACUAGAAGGACAGCAGUUUGAAGCUGCGGAUCGUGUGAGCUACCACUGUCAGCCCUAGCUCCUGCCUACCUAGCAGUUUGAAAAUAUGUGAUGUGAGAUCAAUAGGCACCAUCUUGGCAGGAAGGUAAAAGGUGCCCAUGCAGUCAUGCUGGCAAAACGUGACCAGGAGGACCUGCAGACAACAGGCUCCUUGGCAUGGAAAAUGGAACAAGAGCACCUCCCCAUGGCCAGAGUUGAGCAUCACCUCCAGAUGC